UAAGGAUAGGAAAAGUUAGAAUAGUGGAAAAUAGGGAACUGACCAAUGAGGAACGAGAACGACUAGUGGUCAGAAAAGGUGGAACGGUAAAGUUGGUAAGCAUGGAGGCGCCAGCGAUAGUGGCGCUGGAAAGUAAGAAGCGGGAGCGUGGGGAAGUGCAUGAUGACGUUAUAGAAGUCGGCCAUUGUGAUACAGAGUGCGUAGUAGAAAGAUUGUGUAAGUCAAAGGAAGGCGAAAUAGUAAGCGACGCUGGUGCGAAGGAAGUGCGAGAGGACGCUUUAGAAGUAUCCACGAAGAAGAGGGAGGAGGCUAACGGUUUGCUGAGGAAGUACAGCGGGAGAGAAGGACCUGUAACGACAUUUUUGCCGAGAAGGAUGGCGUACCGAAGAGGAAUUAUAUAUGAGUGGGAGGACUCGGUGGAAGAAUUGGAAGAAGAAGCAAUGCCGGGACAGGGAAUUUUCACCGUGGAGAGAAUGAAGAAGAGAAGGAUAGUAGAUGGAAAGGUGACAUAUCAGAUGCUGAGGACAAUAAUGAUAACAUUUAAAGGUAGUAUUUUGCCUACAAGACUAUUAAUAGGUCAGGGACAUAUAGGGAUAAAAAUAGAACCGUACGUCGAACCAGUUAAGCAAUGCUUUAAGUGCCUUAAGUUUGGACAUUAUCAAGCGGCGUGUAGAGAGGAGGAGAAGAAGUGUGCAAUAUGCGGAGAUAGGUAUCACGGACCGUGUGAUAGGAAAUUAAAGUGUGUAAAUUGCGGUGGGGACUACGGCCCGCUUACUAGAAUGUGCUGGGUUUGGCAGCGCGAAGCUGCCAUCAGGAAAGUAAUGGCGUUUAAAAACGUUGAAUUUGAGACUGCAAGAGGGAUUGUGGCGAGGUCAGCGGGGGAGAGGGAGACAGACAGAAUGGGAGGAGUGGAAGAAGCGGCUGAGAGUAGUGCGGACUUCCCGGCACUAGUGGUGAAAGAAAAGAGGGAGUUUUGGGAGAAAAAAGAGGUGCCAAUUCAGAGGGAGCUGGAAUUGAUGAGGAGACUGAGAUACGGGAAUGGAAGAGAAGGCGAAAGAUUCAAAGGACAAAAAGAAUAAGGAGCCUCGUUCAGUGAGGUGGCGAGAAGAGGAUUAAACGAAAGUGAAGGAGAAGGGAAUAGGGAAGGAAGAAGAAGCCGGGAGGAAGGAGCAGGAGGAGAAGCACAGGGAGGAGAGAGGGAGAGUGAGGGAGAGUGGAGGCAGGUGAAAAAAGGAGAUAGACCACCCCCAUGCUUUAAGGAAAAAAUAGAUGGAGUUUUGUCGAAAAACAGAUAUUUAUGCCUGGAAUGUAAGGAGAAGACAGAAAAAAUGAAAAAGGAGGGAGAGGGGGGUAUACAAAUAUUGAGGAGAAUACCGCUCCCGCAUCUGUUGGCGGGUGAGGAACCUGAAGGCGAAUGUGAGUACGAAAAAUUGAACUUCGUACUUAACAAAAAUCAAAUGGAGAAGGAGAGGAGGAGGAUAAGAAGGGAGAAGGAGAUGAACAGGGAAUGGCUGGUGGAGCUUGAAAAGAGAAAGGAGGACGAAAUACUUGAAGAAGUAAUUAAAAUGCUGAACGAAAAAAACCUGGAAAGAAAGUUUCACGAAAUCAUUAGGACCAGGAAGUAUAGGGCGAAGAAAACAGUAAUGCCAGACCCGAACGAAGACUGGAACGCGGUAACCACCCCUCCGUUUGAAAUGCAUGUAGAUCAGAGGACGAGAAAUAUACUGGAGAGAAGGGCGGAAAAGAAGAGAGAGGUGGCAAGAGAAAAAAGAGAAAUAGAAGAAAAGGUGGAGAAAAUGAGGGAGGAGGAUAGAGAAAGGAGGAAUAGAAUAGUAAGGGAGAAGAGAAAGGAGGAGGAAGGAGGGGAAGAGAGGAGAGAGAAUGAGGAGAGAGCGGAGAUGGAAGGGAAUGAAAAAGGGGAAGAAGGAGCAGGAGAGGGAUGCAGCAAACAGGAAGAGAAGAGAGAAGAAAAGGAACAGUGGUAGAGGUGUGGUGAGAAAUGAAGGAGAACAGAGAUAGAGGUGUUGUGAAGGAUAGGAGGUUAGGAAGAAUGGCAGAGAGUGAGGUGAAAGUGAGACAAAAGGAGAAUCUUGAAAAUGAAAAUAAACUGAAAGUGAGCUUGAGAUGUAGAAUUAGUAUAGAUGUUAAAGACAAGGCGAUGUCUAUUUUUAUUUUUACUUUUAUCUGUAAUUUUAGGUUUAAGUUUAGGAUUAGGGUUAAGGCCAAAGAAAUGGAAGGAACAAGGAGAAGAGGUUGUUCAUAUGCGAAUAGAGCAAUGAGUUACAGUGAACUCAAGAGAGCUAUGCGAACUAGGUUUAAGUAUGAGUGUGGGCGAUGAGAGUGUAUAUAAGAAUAAACGAGAUUAUCAAAAUUAGAGGUAAGACGCGAGCGUACAGGGUAGAUUUGAGGAUAAUAGAAUGUAAGAGAAUAUUUUGGUUAAGAGACAAACUCUUUAUAGAGUGCAAUGUAAAACAUAAGUUCCUAAUUAUGAAAUAUGAAGACUUGCGCGGAUAUGUAAAAUAUAGGGUUUGGAGUUUUA